ACUCCCGCGCGCACUCGGCCGGCCAAGCGAUAUUAAAAUGUCUGAUGAUGCUCGUGACACCAUAGCCAAUGGAGUCGGAGAAGAUGCUGCUGAGAUGCCCAACAGUGACUCCCCUGCUGAAGAUGCAGCAGAAGUGCAGUGUGGUCCAGCUACAACUUCAAAUGAACCAGCACCAGAUGACCACAUGGAAGAGCAGCCUGAGAUCACAGCUAUGUGUGCAGAGUCCACCCCUCCAGGGAUUCUAGACCAAUCCAAGGCCAGUGCUGCCGACGAGACCCCCCUCAAUGGAGAAGUAACUGAAGACACCCUGGUUGAGUGCGUUGAUUCCGUCAGCCUCGAGGGAGACACCGGAUCUGAAAUACCUCUGAAAGAACAGGAUGACGCGGCUGUGGACCCCUCAUCACAGGCAGGAAGAUGGGCAGGCUGGGGAUCCUGGGGGAAAUCUCUGCUCUCAUCUGCAUCAGCCACAGUAGGUCAUGGAUUAACAGCAGUCAAAGAAAAGGCAGGGGCAACCCUACGAAUCCACAGUGCCAAUUCUGCAUCUCCCGAAGGGGCCCCAACUGAUGCUGAAAACGGAAUCUCUGGAAAUGUGACUCCAGAUCAGGACCCUGCCAGAGGCCCCCACACUCCUCCUCCACCAGGGGCGGCAGGGUCGAGAGGCAUGCUGUCAGCCCUCACCAAUGUGGUUCAAAACACGGGCAAAAGCGUCUUAACCGGAGGUCUGGAUGCUUUAGAAUUCAUUGGCAAGAAAACCAUGAUUGUCCUCGCAGAAAGCGACCCAGGGUUUAAGCGGACCAAGACACUGAUGGAACGAACUGUCUCCUUGUCCCAGAUGUUGAGAGAAGCCAAGGAGAAGGAGAAGCAGAGGUUGGCCCAGCAGCUCACAGUGGAGAGGACUGCACACUAUGGGAUGCUGUUUGAUGAAUAUCAAGGUUUGUCACACCUGGAAGCCCUGGAAAUUCUGUCCAAUGAGAGUGAGAGCAAGGUUCAGUCCUUCUUAACAUCCCUGGAUGGAGAGAAGCUAGAACUCUUGAAAAAUGACCUAAUUUCAAUCAAGGACAUCUUUGUAGCCAAAGAAUCAGAGAAUGAAGCAAACCCAGAAGAACAAGGCCUAGAAGAAAGCGGGGAAGAAUUUGCCAGGAUGCUUACAGAGCUCCUGUUUGAAUUACACGUCGCCGCCACACCUGACAAACUCAAUAAGGCCAUGAAGAAAGCUCAUGACUGGGUGGAAGAAGAUCAAAGCGUGGUGUCGAUAGAUGUGGCCAAAGGGUCGGAGGAGGAAGAGAAGGAAGAAGGAAAGGAAGAGAAAGCCGAAGAACCUGAAGAAGACAAAACAGGGGGCCAAGGAGCUAAGACUGUAGAGGAAGUGUACAUGCUGUCCAUUGAAAGUCUGGCUGAAGUCACUGCACGCUGCAUUGAACAGCUACAUAAGGUUGCAGAGUUGAUUCUCCAUGGACAAGAGGAGGAGAAACCAGCUCAAGACCAAGCAAGAGUUCUGAUAAAAUUAACCACAGCAAUGUGCAAUGAAGUAACCUCCUUAUCGAAGAAGUUUACAAAUUCUUUAACCACUGUUGGGAGCAACAAGAAGGCUGAAGUCCUUAACCCCAUGAUCAAUAGUGUGUUUUUAGAGGGCUCCAAUAGCACCACAUAUGUGCAGGACGCCCUCCAGCUGCUGCUCCCGGUACUGCAGGUCUCCCACAUCCGCACCAGCUGUUUGAAAGCUACAGCCCAGCCAGAUUGCAGCUAGUUCAAUAGCAGGCCACAUCUCUUCACUACAUACCAUUUAAAGGCAACGGACUUCUAUGUCACUGGCCAGACCAUUUGAGGACACUACAAGCAAUUUUUGCACAGUUUUGAAAAUACAGAGAGUUAAAAUUUCUCUUAAUGUAUACUGUUUUAUCAAUAAUUAUGUUUUCUUUACAUUAACUUAAACUUGUACUUGUUCUAUUGAAGUUUUCCUUUAAUUUGCAGUUCAUUCACAAAUAUAUCUGUUUUCCUGGUCAACCAGACUAUAUUUAGAAAUUCAUAGAGAGAACCUAGAUUUUUGUUCAGCUUUGAAAUGUCUACCUUUCUAUGCCCUAUUUUUCUCAAGCAUGGCUUUAAAUGAGUUCUUGUACUGAACUUCAUUUAAUUGCAUAAACAUCAUAAGCAAAAAUACCGCUACUUAUUUGGUUUUAAAAGGGACAUAAAUAUCUUUAUAAAUAUCACUAUGUAGACCAGGCUAGCCUAAAACUCACAAAGAUCUGCCUGCCUCUGCCUCCCAAGAACUAGGACUAAAGGUGUGCACACGAAACCUGCCUGCCCUGAAGAAGUGUUUUAGUUUAGAGUGUUUGGUGGCAAAAUUAUAAAGCUGAGAAUCAUUUCAACAGAAAACUAAAGGGGUUUUAGCCAGGUAGAAACCCCGACCUGCAUUUCAAAAAUACCCACUAACCUGAUCACACACAUGGUAGAGGCAAAGGGUAGAAAGUCGUAAGUUGGCCAAGUGGGGUGCUGAUCCAGGGAGAUGCAUCAGAGACCUUGCAGGGAGCAGUGGUACUGAACCUGGGCUCUUGUGAGAUGCAUCUGUUCUUUCCAGGCUGAGGUUCUCUGGCAUGCUUCUGUUUGAGACCAUCACUGACAUCCCUACCAGUAGUGUCCAAAAUAGUCAUGCCCAGUGGCUUAUCCCAGGGCAAAUGAUGCCUGCAGUCUUGAAAGGGAGAAAAAUCCCUCCUUUGUUCCUGUGGUAGAAGCCACUGCGUCUGUCCCCUGUGGGCCAAGUAGAUAUCUGAAUUCUCUCAGUAGCAUUUUUGUGUGACUGUGUUUUGUUUUUUCAGCUGUAUGUCUCCUGAAACAACCAAAUAAAAACUCAAGAACAAUGUAUUUGCAACCUAGAAAAAUUAAA